GUGGUACAUGAAAGGGUGAAGUGGUACACCCUGACCCCUCUUCUUUUAAAGGUGGGCCCUCCUGGACCCAGGAGCGGACCCUGGUGGCGGUGAAGCCAGAUGGGGUGCAGCGGCGGCUGGUUGGGGACGUGAUCCAGCGCUUCGAGAGGCGGGGCUUCAAGCUGGUGGGGAUGAAGAUGCUACAGGCACCAGAGCACGUCCUUGCCGAGCACUACCAAGACCUGCAGAGGAAGCCCUUCUACCCUGCCCUCAUCAGCUACAUGAGCUCCGGGCCCGUGGUGGCCAUGGUCUGGGAAGGGUACAACGUGGUCCGCGCCUCAAGGGCCAUGAUAGGACACACCGACUCGGCUGAGGCCGCCCCUGGGACCAUACGGGGAGACUUCAGCUUCCACAUCAGCAGGAAUGUCAUCCAUGCCAGCGACUCUGUGGAGGGGGCCCAGAGGGAGAUCAUGCUGUGGUUCCAGAGCAGUGAGCUGGUGAGCUGGGCAGAUGUAGGCCACCACAGCAGUGUCUACCCAGCCUGAGGCUCAGGCCACUCUCAGCCAUCUCUGCACCCAACCAGGACCAACUACCUCGGCCAGCAAGAACUCAAGCCACACCCAUACCUGCCUCUCCCAAGCUACUUCCCUAUUCACUUCUGGCCCACCCCCACCCCAGGAGCUUGGGCCACCAACUGUUUGUGCCUUUCUGUAUUAUAAGCCAGCACAAGAUUGGACUAAAUCUUUUCUGCACCAAAGUGCCUGACAACCUUCAGGAUGUCUUCAGAAGUGAGGAGCGUGACCUCUCCUCCCCUGAAGGGGAGACAUUAAAAGUCACUGUGCCCAGCA